CUGCAGAGGAACCGGCAGGAGAGGCGUCUGCGGCGGCAGGCCGAGCUGCUGGCCCUGCAGGAGAGGACCCGCCCCCCCCCCCCGCCGCCCCCCCCCGGCGGGCCACCCCCCCCCCCCCCCCCCGCUCGGCCACAGACUCUUUUUGUGGCUCUUUUUUUUAAUCUGGUGGCUGGGGAUGGGUUCUGUGCUCUUUGUUCACGGCUGAUGGCGUUGCAGGUGGAGCCGGGCCGCGGGGGGCACAGCGUAUCCACGGCAACCAGCACCCACAGGGGGCGCUCUCCUCCCGUCCCGUCGGUCACACACAGAGUGCAGAGUCAGCAGGACUCCACCACCCCUGCCCCUCCCGUCCUGGACUUCUUCCCUUACGUCCGGACCGACGAGGUCUUUCACCUGGACCCCCUGGAGCCCGCUCACACCCCCCCACCCCCGGACCCGUCAGUCGGCCUGCAGGAGUCAGAGGACUCAGAGGAAAGGACCAGGGCUCGAGUGGCCAGUUCUCCCCCUCCUCCUCCUCGGGGUCCGGCGGCCCCUCCGGCCGCUCCUCCCCGGGACCGGCUGCUCCGGCCGGAGCGGCAGACCCAGCGGCAGCAGGAGAUCCUCAGAGGCCUGGCGGAGCUGCGGCAGGGGUUGCUGCAGAAGCAGAGGGAGCUGGAGACGGAUCUGAACCCUCUCCUCAAUCGCCAUGACAACAAGCAGCGGCCACCCACGGCGACAAAUCGCACAUGA